AUGGCUCGUCCAGCGUACGAUGAGUUCUGCCGGCAGCGGGAGGAGUUUUUCGCCCGGGAACAGGGCCGCGGCCUUGGUGCCAAUCUCGUGCUCAGCCCGGCCGAACAGCGCCUCAACCAGUACGUGAUGCACCUGAAGCAGCAGGAACUGGCCAAAGGAGUGGAGAACCCGUACGAGCUCGUAUCGGCGCGACACUUCUUCGAGAUGCUGGAUCGCAUCAACGAGUCACCACUGUUCCGGUUGAUUCAGAAGAUGCCGAAGGGUGGCGUUCUGCAUGCCCACGAUACGGCCAUCGGUAGUACGGAGCUGAUCGUGCGUGCGACACGCCACGCUCAUCUGUGGCAGAGCGGUAGCAUUCCCCAGGCGGCUGCGGAUCCGAUGCCGGUGUACACGUUCUCGCGCAACAAACCCACGGCGGAGGGUGAGUGGCGUCUGGUAGCGGACAUACGCAGCGCGAUGGGUGACGCAGCGUACGAGGCGGCCAUUCGCAAGAUGUUCACGCUGUACACGACCGAUCCGCUGAAUGAGCAUCGCGACAUUAACGAUGUGUGGCGCAAAUUUAUGGCACUGUUCAUCUGCUUCGAACCAAUGGUUACGUACCGGCCGGUCUGGGAGGAGUACUACUAUGGGUGUUUGGAGGAGCUGUUGGCGGACAAUGUCACGUACCUGGAGUUCCGUGGAUUACUCCCACCGGUAUACGAUCUAGACGGUCGUAAGUACACCCCGGAAGAGAUCGUCCAAAUGUACGUCGAUCAGUCGGAAAAGUUCCUGCGCGCCAAUCCCAAGUUUGCGGGCGUUAAGUUCAUCUACGCACCGUUGAAGUUCUGCGACGACAGCACAUUUGACGGGUACCUUACGCUGGUGCAAACGCUUAAGGCACGCUUCCCGACCUUCAUCGCCGGGUUCGAUCUCGUCGGUCAGGAAGACCUUGGCCGACCGCAUACGGACUUUAACGAGCGAUUGCUUCGUCUCCCGGCUGGAAUCAAUUUCUUCUUCCAUGCCGGCGAAACCAACUGGACUGGACGGCGGGACGAGAACUUGAUCGACGCCAUUCUGCUGGGAACGAAGCGCAUCGGACACGGCUUCGCCGCCAUCAAGCAUCCGGUCGUGCUGGAGGAGAUCAAGAAGCGCAACAUCUGCAUUGAGCUGAACCCGAUCUCGAACCAGGUGCUGAAGCUGGUGCAAGACUUCCGCAACCAUCCCGGCGGUUUCUACUUCUCUGACAACUACCCGGUGGUGGUUUCGAGCGACGAUCCCUCCUUCUGGUGCGCGUCACCCUUGAGUCACGAUUUUUUCGUCGCGUUCAUGGGACUCGCAUCUGCACGGGCCGACCUACGGUUGCUCAAGCAGCUCGCUCUCAACUCGAUCGAGUACAGUUCGAUGGAGGGCGAAGAGAAGACGAUCGCCACCCAGAAGUGGACUGCCGCGUGGAACGAGUACGUGGAGGAGAUGCUUAAAACCAUUCCGGCUGAAUUCUAAAACGGUUAAGAGGCUCUAAGCUAGGAGUGUUCAUUUCCAAUGGAAACAGUAUUUCUUGUGUGUUGUUCCUUAAACCUUUGAGAAAAGUGUAAAUUGAUUUGUGUGUUACAACACAUGUAAAACUCCGUCGCAAACGACUGAUGCCUUAUGAAGAUCACGAAUAAAAGAUCACAAAACGAA